AUGCCAGAAAUUUUUUUUGUUAAGAACUGCCUACAGAACCAUACAGUCAUUAACUUCAUCUAUAAGAGGACUGAGUUGCCUGUUGGUAUUGUCGAUACAGACGGCCAUCUGUCGUAUCCAGCAACUACUACGAAUCUUGUACUUUAUCAUGACGUUGUUAACCACACAGAAGGGUUUUGUGAAAGUGAUGAGACACAUACCAAAAAUAUUGAGAGGUUUUGGGCCCAUAUGAAAAGUUCAAUGAGAAAAAAACACGGUUUAAAGCGUUCUAGCAUAGACGAACGGCUUAUUCAAUAUACCUUUAAAAGAAGAUAUUUAAUGAAUAAAAAACGCGAAAUUUUUUUGAAACUUAUAUCGGUAUACUGCGAUUAUUUUUUAUUUAAAUAA